GCUUCGACAUCAACUUGAAGGAAGUACAAAAAGUAAAAAUAGUCAUUCGGAGUUUAAUCUGAUGGACUAAUGCUGGGACUUCCUGAUCGGGAAUACAUGUUUUAUCUGUAAACUUGAUCAAAAUUUUGAUUUAUGAAUUCCUGCUGAGACAAACAAACUAAAUUGUGAUUGUUUUGUUUUUUUAUGAAAGGAAUCCUCCAAUUUCUGAGAAAAUUAACAAACAAACAACAGAAUGAUUUUUCUGAUCUUUAUUGCACUUCUCACCGGAACAACUUUGGCUUAUGACUGGCAUGACCCUCAGUACUACUCGUUCUCGCCUCAAGUGGGCUCAGGAAAAGGCCUCUCAUAUGCCAUCACCGGCAAGGGACGGAUUACGGGUGUCCGAGUGUGGGAGGCCCGCAACAGCUUCAUUUACGGCUUCCAGUUUCGCUACGGCCACACUUGGACGGAUGUGGCGGGUCGCGAGUUGGGCCAAAAGCAGGAGAUAGAAUUGUUUGACGACGAGGCCAUUGUGGCCAUCUCGGGAAAAUAUGCACACAACAUUCAGUCUGUGGUGUUCACCACCAAUCUGGGCCGUUCGCUCUUUGCGGGCAGGCCAAUAGGGCACUCGUUCAACAUGUACCCGGAAAACGAGAACGCCGAAUUACGCUUCAUCAGCGGCCGGUUCCAAGGUGCCAUCUCCUCCAUGGGGACACACUGGGCGCUUGUUACAGAACCAUAUGGAACAAAUGGAAAAUACUUGCAAUGAACCUAUCAUCUGAAUUGGGCAUUUUAUAAAUAUCAAUAAAAUGUUAACCAAUUUGCACCAAAAUCAAAUUUCUGUCCUUAUUGAAGAAGUGAAGUAAUGAUUUGAUUAUUGACCAAUUUGAUGAUCUAAUUUAGUUUGUUUGUUUAUUAUUUAUAAUAAUUAUAAUUUGACACAGCACAACGCUCGAGGGACUACCAAGCUGAAAAUGUCCGUGUAGGUUAUGUCAUAUUUAAAAGACAUGUCAACGCCACCCAAUAGGUGUAAGCAAAGCAGGUUCUACAUGAACAUAGUUGACGAAGAGUU